UACAUAUACUCCUCCGACAAUACCCACCCUUCGUCCCUCUCAAUCAAUCGCCUGUCUCCACUCGCUCUGUCAUUUGCAUCGAAAAUCUUCCUCAAUCCAAAACGUCUUGUUUUGAACGUUUUCGAGCCUCGCCAGCGGCUUCUCAAACUCUUUUUCUAUCAUCCUGUAUUGUUCUUGUUUUUUUUUGUAGCAAUGGAUUUCCACAGCCUUGCAAGGAAGGAACUCCAGGCUCUUUGCAAGAAGAACAAGAUCCCGGCUAACAUUACAAACGUCGCCAUGGCUGAUGCUCUCCAAGCUCUUCAGAAUGUCGAAGGGCUAGAAGAGAUCUUGAAUCCAUCCAAUUCCGUCCUCUCCAAAUCUACGGGGGAAACUGUGAUCGGACUGCCAGACAUUCCUCGCACCGCUUGCAGAACCUCAACUCGCAGAAAACCCAUCAAAGAAGAAUCUGAAAUUUCACAGACCUUGACCCGAAGUCGUCGCGGCACAAAUGGAAGAAUAACCAAAGACAUCGAUCAAGAAAACAAUGACGCGAAUGCGCCUAUAACCCCUGCAGGGCCGAACAGCCGUAGAAGAGCACCAGCGGCUUCGGCUUGCAGAAACAUUGAGAAGCAGUUGAGGGAAGAUGACGAAAAUGAGAAGAUUGAGGCUCAAGGAAGGAAUGAUGUGCCCAAGACUCCAGCAAUUACAAGCAGCCGGAGAAGAGCCCCAACCGCUCCUGGUCACACGAAUUUGGAGACUCAAAAUGGGGAUACUUCGGUGCAGCGAGUGUAUAGUACACGGCGGUCGGUGAGAUUGUUGGAGCAGAAUAUGGAAAAGUUAAGCAUAAUGGAGAAUGGAAAGGAAGAACCUGCAAAGGUUGAUGAUUUAUUUGAAGAGCCGGGUAAUACUUCGGAGAGACCAGAAUUUUCUGUCGAACUUGAAAAGAAUAUUUCUGGAGUUAAUAAGCAGACAAGGUCAGAAGUGGAUUCAAAGAAAAAUGAUGACUCUGAAGCUUCUUCGGAUCCAAAAUCAAUUGGGUCACCAGAGACUCGGAGGGAAUUGGAAGUCGAUGUUAAAGAUAAGGACAAGAGUGAUGAUGAGUAUGAAGUAGAUGUUUUAAAGUCAAAACAGGAACUGGGUACUGGGAUAUCUGAUCUGGGCGUUGUUGAAGCUUCCAACGCAAUAGAUGAAGCUCUUAAUGAAGGGUCUGAUGAGUCUGAGUCGUAUGAUAUUUCAAGUGAGAAGUUGGAGGCUGUAAUAGACGUAAAUGUUGAAGCCGUCAAUGAGAAGGGACCUGCUGAUGUUCCAAAUACUGAGCAAGGUAGAGGAUCUAUAGGUUCUGUGGCCGUUGAAGUACCCAUGGAUGUUUCUACAGAGGCUUUGAACCAUGUGAUUGCUUCUAAAUCUUUGCAACCAGAACACUAUAUUGAUCCCAAUUUAGUUCAAGAUGAGAACACACAGGAUGAAUGUCAGAACCUGACUUGUAAGGACUCUAUCAUGAACGUGGCAGAGGUUGAUGACAUUGGCAGUAGUGAUUCGGAAUACACUACUGAAGGGAAUUUUGAUGGGGACAUUGCCUCGGAUGAAAAUUCAACCGAUUGCGAAGAUAACAUCAGUGACGAUGAUGCAACACCAGUAGAAAAGGAUCCAGAGGCUUCAGUUCUUCCUGAAGGUUUUAGAAAGUUGGAGGCCAAAACAGAAUUUCUUGUAGACGUCAAAAAGUCCAAGGAAGAAUCAGAUCAACUUGCUACUGAGUAUAAUUCUGCAGAUGGAUUAGACUGGGGUGGUGAUAUAACUAUUGACAAUGAUUCACCUUCUGAAAGCUUUGUUGCUCAACAAUUGGAAAUGCAGGUUUCUAUUGAAUUUGCUGAAAAGGUAAGCCUGAAUGGCGAGUACAUUAAGGCUCCCUGCCCCCCUGUUCAGAGUCCAGUAUCCAAGAUGGAAGUGUAUGAUUCGGAAGCAUUGGUUGAUAUUCACAAGGACAGCUCCCUGCUCUGUUCGGCAAUGAAGUCAUCCAAGGAAGGGACCCCUUUCCAUACAUUUCAAGCGGACCAGCUCUCGGGCCAGUUUCCUCAUCCAACUCAGAAGAUAUUCAAUGUUUCAGAUGAUGAUGAGGAAGGCAUUGACAAUGGUAGUGAGAAAGAGGAGCUAAAUAAGGAUAAGGCAAGGCAAGAUGAGAACACAGUUAAUAAGGAUGUCAUGCUUGAAACAAUGAGUUUAAGGAAGCUGAGGCAAAUGCUAAUUCAACAGAGUAGAGGCAAUAAUAAGGGUAAAAGUGUGACUAAGGAACAAUCAGGGAAGAAAAGAAUUGCCUUGCAGACAUUGCAAGAAAACUGUUUGGCUGUGGAAGAGUCUGACAAGGGAGAAUACGAAGUACCCUUGGGUCAAUGAUGGGAGGAGGUUUAAACCUUGGUUUGCCCUCUUGCUUGUUCCUUUUCUUAGUCAAAAAAAAUAUCAGAAUUUUGAUGGAUUUGCUUUCGUCGUUGCAGUCCAUUUAUUCAAGUUUGUAAUAAUGAUGACUCAACCCAAUGUUUUGUUGAUGGUGUGGGUUAUGAAAGUGUUCUAAGUUGCUUAUACUACUACUACCUAUCACAUUUUUGUCA